CCCCCAAGGGCCAAAAUGCAAUUUAUUUCAUGUUAGAGGUCUUUAAAUUUUAAAAGUCUGCAGGCAUGGAUCGCGAUCCGUGUGCUCUCAAAAUAAUUAGAUCUGGACCGUUCAUUGAAACUCAAAUCGACGUCCCCAAAUUCACAGGCGCCACAUUCCUUUCCUCCAAAUUUCGAAUUUCCCUCGAUUUCCGUCUCCUCAUCGCUUUAUAUAAGGCCAUCUCUUCUUCCCCCCGUCUCACAUCAUCCUCUGUCACUCGUACAAAACCCUAAGAUUCUCUGUAGAAACUCUGCUUCAGAAAUGGCCAGAACCAAGCAGACUGCUCGGAAGUCCACCGGAGGCAAAGCCCCUAGGAAGCAGUUGGCCACGAAGGCCGCCAGGAAGUCGGCUCCUGCCACCGGAGGAGUCAAGAAGCCUCACCGCUUCAGGCCUGGAACGGUGGCGCUGAGGGAGAUCAGGAAGUACCAGAAGAGCACGGAGCUGUUGAUCCGGAAGCUUCCUUUUCAGAGGCUGGUGCGUGAGAUCGCCCAGGACUUCAAGACCGAUCUGAGGUUCCAGAGCAGCGCCGUGGCGGCAUUGCAGGAGGCUGCCGAGGCCUACUUGGUGGGGCUGUUCGAGGACACCAAUCUCUGCGCGAUUCACGCCAAGAGGGUCACCAUCAUGCCCAAAGAUAUUCAGCUAGCGAGGAGGAUCAGGGGCGAGAGGGCUUGAGCUGUUGCACUCUCCGUGUCAAUUUGUGGAUUUUGUCACUUUUUAGAAAUUAGGGUUGGUGUGGGAAUCUUUAUCUCGAGAUUCUGUAGGUUUUUCAGGGUGUAUUAUGCUGAGUACCGUGUAAACCUCUUUAUGAAAGCUAAUGGAACCUGUCUUUUAUUCA